ACUCCCCAUGGAUCCAAACAUCCAGGGGUCUUUCCUGUUCAACAACAGCCUGAACCAAUUCCCCUCAGACCUCAAGGCGCCAGUGUGCCAGUACUCAGUGCCCAACUCCUUCUACAAGCUCAACCCGGGCCUCAACAGCCAGCUGCAGGCAGGGACCCCUCACGGAAUCAGCGACAUCCUGAGCCGCUCCAUGGUAGGGAUGGGCUCCACGGGCACCACCACCCUGCUGUCCGGAUACUCCACAAUGGGGGGGUUCGGCCCCUCCGUCACCAGCACGUCCAUGUACUAUAACCGAGACUACAACUCCAACCUGGGCGGCUUUUCCAAGCCUGGCAGCGAGUGCCCCAUGAAGGGUCGCAGUGUGAGCUGCUGGGCGGAGAGCGGCUGUGACUGGAGAGGAGGGAGGCAGCAGUGCACCAACAGUAGCGGGCCUCUGGGGGAGAUGUCAGGCAGGAAGAAACACACCAGACCAACAUUUAGCGGACAUCAGAUAUUUGCUCUGGAGAAAACGUUCGAGCAGACCAAAUACUUGGCCGGGCCUGAGAGGGCAAGACUGGCAUAUUCUCUGGGCAUGACUGAAUCACAAGUCAAGGUGUGGUUUCAGAACCGACGGACCAAGUGGAGGAAGAAGAGCGCCUCAGAGCCCAGCUCCACGCAGGCCAGCCACGCGGGGCAGUGCGGGGAGGCCUCGGAGAACGAGGUGGAGGACGAGGAGUACAACAAGCCUCUGGACCCCGACUCUGACGAUGAUAAGAUCCGCCUGCUGCUGCGCAAACACCGCAGGGCUUUCUCCGUCCUGCGCCUCGGGCCACACCAAGUCUGACAUGCUUCUUACACACACACACACGCACACGCACACGUGCACACACGCUUCUCAGCAGACCUGCAUGCUGUAAUGAAAGCAAUUCGUUUUUAAUACUAAGUUCAAUCAAUGAGCAUUAAGGCAUGUUCACAGGGUCAUGUGGUCAUCCUACAAAAAGAGCCCCAGAGGGCUCAAUAGACA